AUGGAUUUACGCCAUUGCACAUUGCAUGUCAUUAUGGAAGUCUUGAAGCAGCCCAAUAAUUCCAUUACUCCUUUGCAUGUGGCUGCCAAAUGGGGCCACGAAAAGCUGAUUAUUUUAUUACUUGAAAGUGAAGCAAAUAUUGAAAGUAAAACAAAGGAUGGAUUGACGCCAUUGCAUUGCGCCUCUCGUUUUGGUAAAAGUAAUGUCAUAACCGCACUCAUUGAAAGAAAUGCUAAGAUAAAUGCGCAGUCCAAAAAUGGAUUAACACCUUUACACAUGGCUAUACAAGGAGAUUUUGAUGAUUGUAUUCAGUUACUUUUAAACUACGGUGCACCAAUAGAAGAUACUACAGUGGUCAGUUGUUAA